AUGUCUCCUCCCGACUCUACCCUUGCACCUCCUGCAUCUGCUACUAGUACUCGUCAUCUUCGUCCAAGAAGUCCUACUGGUCCUAGUGCUAGGCCAGGCUUCGUGAUCCAGUCUCCUGAUUCACGAGUUUCACUUCGCCAACCUUCGAGUGAUUUAGCCGAGUUCGAUCUUGAUCAAAAUCCUAGUAGUCCUCCCUUUAAUCCAGAAGAGCACACUGAUAUUGCUGAAGGAUCUGUUUCCUCUGCUGAUGACGAAGCUGUUUCUGUUGUGGAAGUCACCAGCGCCACCGACUUCCUGGCGUCCAUGCGACGCAACAAGAAGAAGAAGGCUCAACGAGCAAAGGCCAAGGAAGUGGCCAAGGCCAAGUCACCUCGUCGGGGUGGAAAGGGUCGUCCAAGAGGCUCUGGCGCCUCAGUCAAUUUGCCUCGAGCACCAGCGAAGAAACGCAAGAAAGCUGUUGCUCCGGUUCUUGUAAGCUCAAAGAUGAAUUCAGAUUGUGAUUGA